CAUAUUCGGCGCCGGCGCAGAUUCAAUGACGUGAAAUGUGUACAGCCCAUGCAACCGAAAGCGUUAGUACAACGUUACAGCCUUAAGUUUUAUGCAUCUAGUUAGCUAGCUUGACAGCGUGCAUUGCACUCUUUCGGGUUAACGGGCAACGGGGUUCAUUCCAGCUUUCUGGAAUCCGACUUCACUCCACAUCAACCUCAAUUUCAAAGGCAAGUUGCAGGAUGGCUCUUAACAAAUCGAUGCACCCCAGAAAUCGAUACAAGGACAAGCCUCCGGACUUCGCGUACCUGGCUUCCAAGUACCCAGAGUUUCAGCAGCACGUACACACCAACCUCACCGGGCGAGUCGGGUUGAACUUUAAGGACCCGGAGGCGGUACGGGCUCUCACCUGCACCCUGCUGAAGGAGGAUUUCGGGCUGAGCAUCGAGAUCCCGCUGGAGCGCCUCAUCCCCACCGUCCCGCUCAGGCUCAACUACAUCCACUGGGUGGAGGACCUGAUCGGGGGGCGGGGCGAGGACCCGGGCGGGACCCGGCGGGGCAUCGACAUCGGUACCGGCGCUUCCUGUAUUUACCCUCUGCUGGGCGCCACCAUGAACGGCUGGUUCUUCCUGGCCACCGAGGUGGACGACAUCUGCUUCAACUUCGCCAAGAAGAACGUGGAGAACAACGGCCUGUCUGACCUCAUCAAAGUGGUGAAGGUUCCUCAGAAGACCCUGCUGAUGGAUGCUCUGAAGGAGGAGUCUGCGCUGGUGUACGACUUCUGCAUGUGCAACCCACCCUUCUUCGCCAACCAGCUGGAGGCAAAGGGUGUGAACUCCCGGAACUCUCGGCGCCCCCCGCCCAGCUCGGUGAACACCGGGGGGGUGACGGAGAUCAUGGCCGAGGGGGGGGAGCUGGAGUUUGUGAAGAGGAUCAUUCACGACAGCCUGCAACUGAAAGGGAGACUGCGGUGGUACAGUUGCAUGCUGGGAAAAAAGUGCAGCCUGGCGCCUUUGAAGGAGGAGCUGAGGAAACAUGGGGUACCCAGGGUGACUCACACUGAGUUCUGUCAGGGACGCACAAUGCGCUGGGCUCUGGCCUGGAGCUUCUACGAUGACGUCGCCGUGCCGUCCCCCCCCUGUAAGAAGCGCAAGCUGGAGAAGGCCCGGAAGCCUCUGACUUUCUCAGUGCUGAGGCCGACAGUGAAGCUGCUCGAGCCCCAGAGAGCGGCGACCCCCGCCCCCUGCCCUGUGGAGCUCAUCACCGCCUGGCUGGAGAAAACCCUCACCGAGCUCAAGGUCUGUACUGUCGCGGUUCCCGGAGAGGAGGAGGUGGAGCUGAGCCUCUUCCUGACGGCGGUGGAGAAUUCCUGGGUGCACAUCCGGCAGAGGCGGCGGGACCACGGGAGGCAGCUGCGCGAACUCCCCAGGGCGCGCGAGGGGCCGGAGGAAGUCCCCGUCGCAGUGGAACAGGAAGCGGAGAGCGGGACGCCCCCCUCCGGCCCCGCCCAGCCCCCCAGCCCGGGCUCGGUGCAGCACUUCCUGUUUAAGUGCCUGCUGAGCGUGCGUGAGGAGGGCGGGUCGGGGGACGUGGGGGUGCAGAUGCACUGGGUGGAGGGGCAGAACCGCGAUCUGAUGAACCAGCUCUGCACCUACCUGAAAAACACACUCCACCGGCUGGCCUCGGCACCCCCUGCACCCCCGCUGGCCUCCCCAUGACCUCCCCUCUGACCUUCCUGUGACCUCCAAUGACCUCCAUAUGACCUCCAGUGCUACUUUCCCUUGAGCCUGUGACAGUUUUGUUUUUUUAAAUUGGGACACUCGGUUGUAGUAGAUUUUGCCCCGCGGACAGAAUAACCCGUUUGCGCAGGAAAGGAAACUUUUGUUCCAUUUUAAUGAGUUUCUUGUUUAGUAGUCUGCUGCUGAGUCCAGAGUCUCUGUGCUGGUCAGCACAGUGUCUUUAUAUGUGUGUAUCGUGCUACAGUCCGGGCUCUUUUGCAGCGCACUGGUUUUUUAAACAUUGUUUUUUCAUAAGCCCUUUGGUUUGGUUUCUGGUUCCGGUUGGUUUUUGGUUAAUUCCCGGCCUUUGCUGGACAAUAAAGUUCGGUUCGGUUCUGUUU